CAGCUCCAUCCACGGCUUCAGCACCUUCAACAGCUCCUCGUGAACCCCUCCGACGUCGUAAAUGAUAAAAUGGGAUCUCUUUCCGAACAGUCUCACAUGGUAUGCUAUCCACUCCCUCACCCUUUGGGGGCUCAAGUUCCCGUACAGCGGAACCGGCAAUAUAGCGUCCCCACCUCCAGAGGUGGAGGCUUGCAGGAGAAGCAUGCCACCGGAAUUGUCGGUGUUGAUUGGUUGAGAGAAUGUGCAAUUAACGACCACAACGGUGCACACGCGGCCGUAGCCCCAGUCUGGGAGGAUCUUGUAAGCGACGGUGGUGGUGUUUGCUUGGCUAUUGUUUUGUGGGAUCCACUGGCAUUGAUAGGUCGAGCGGGAGAACACGUGGAGGGGCUUGGAAGCGAGACCCACAAUGACGAAGUUAUUUGGGCCGCCUCGAUAGGUGCCCAUGGUAAUGAAGUUGUAGGCCACCGCACCAUAGGGGUUGAAGGCCGCCGUGAGGCGCCGUUAGGCAGCCGUUGAUCACCUUCAACAGACGACGGUGAUCACCUUCAACAAACAGACAAAAGAUGUUCUUCCGUGUGCUUAAUUUCCAGCUCCAAGAAGUCUAGUAUUAGUGACAUGCAUGAGUCAACAAUUGAUAAAUUUAAGUCACGAAC